AUGGUUGGUGCAAAAGAUCAGGAUAAUCGCCAUCAAGAGGAAUCCAUGAGAGAAAAUCUGGAGCAGAUUGAAGAUUCGGACGCAGAAGAGUCUCUCUCAUUCUGUGAUCUACCCAUUUAUGAUAAAUCAGAAGCAUCAACAACAACAACUUCCAAUUGGAAUGAAAAUGAUGAUGAUCCACCGCGUAUGUCUACUGAUCAAGAACUGUUCGAGUUCUUCUCUGAUCUGAAAGCUGAUAUGUGCCCUGCUGAUGAUGUAAUCUUUUGCGGUAAGCUCAUUUCUUAUAAGGAGAAAGAAUGUCACCAUGCGGAGGAUAAGAAUCAAAUUCUUGACGUCUUUGAUGAUGAUGUUGAUGAUGGAAAUCAGACUUGUACGUUCAAAAGCUUCUUCCGUCAACGAAGACGACGAUCGGAAUCGUGGAAUUCACUGCAGAGAUCUCAAACGAGUGCCAAGGAACGGUUCAUGCGAACCGAUUAUCAGAAAUUACGAAGAGUUUCAACCUCAACGAAGAACCCGGUGGAGCCAAUUGACCGGUAUGUGUCCGGUAAGUGUUUAGGAAAGGGGAAUUUUUCUUCUCAUCCCACAUCAUCGGCUCCGGCGAGACCUAGGUGGCCCUUAUUGAUGUUUGGAAUGGUGAAUGUUCCCAAGGAGAUGGAGUUGAAGGAUAUAAGAAAUCGGCAGAAUCGCCUGAAUCCAACAUUGUUGUUUCCGGAAUCUGACGCCGCCGGCGGUGGCAGUGAAAAGGUUAGGGUUAGGAGGGAGGAAGAGAAGGGGUCUUGGAGAUUGCUAAGAGCUUUGAGCUGCAGGGGACAUGGAAGUGCUGCGGUGGCUGUUUCUUGA